GGCGAUCAAUCUGCGGCAUUGUCGCGGCGAUUCUCGGAGCGUGUGCUGAUUAGCGCGGAAGGAAGAUCCAGAGAUGGGAUAAUAAACGACGUUUCGAAACGAAUUCUUCGGCGGUCGGUGGCAGAGUUCGACAGGAGCAGCAGCAGCAGCAACAACAGCAGGUUCUUGCUGCAUAGGGUUGGGCGGCGCAUCCCAAGUUGGACGACGCCGACGCAACAAAUACGGGCGCCGCGACCCAUAAAGCUGCGGACUAACAUCAUAGUGCGGUGAACGAAGUUUCCGAGAGGACGCUCGUACUCGGCGUCGCUGCUAAAUACACGAUCCUCUGCUGCAGUUCUAUUUUCGGCCGGCGAGUCAGAAAUAGCACCAGAAGUGAACCGGCGCUCCAGUGCGGAGCGGAACCACCAUGAGUGCUUCGGAUAGAGAGUAAACAAGAGGAUGUUUUUUUCGUGGGACGGAGUUGAGUGAUUUGUGGAGUUUCGGGUCCGAGUGUUGCGGGAGUAUGCGGCGAAGGGUAUAUUCGGCAAGAUGAACAGAUGUUAUGGCGGUGAUUUCCUUGCUGAUGCUGAUGAUGGCUUUGGCCUUCGCGGCCCCCGACUGGAUGGACUGCCCGGCGCCCUGCCACUGCAAGUGGUCGUCGGGGAAGAAGACCGCCGUCUGCAAGAGAGCUGGGUUCACCUCGGUGCCCGACAACCUCGACGGGGUGAUGCAAGUGCUGGACCUUUCGGGUAACCACAUCUCGAGGUUGGGGAAAGAAGCGUUCAAAAGUGUGGGAUUGCUGAACCUGCAGCGCAUCUACUUGUCGAAUUCUGGAUUGCAGGAGGUGCACGGGGACGCGUUCAGAGACUUGAUAAUUCUAGUCGAGGUCGACUUGUCUCAUAAUCAAAUUACGAGUUUGCAACCGGAGACUUUUCGCGGUAACGAGAGAUUACGCAUGUUGUACCUCAACGGGAAUCCGCUACGACGGCUGGUUCAGGAGCAAUUUCCGCCGCUUCCUCACCUUCGAAUCUUGGAACUUGACGGUUGUCAACUCGAGUACGUGAACAGAAACGCGUUUAUACACUUGAGUGCUCUGGAGACUUUAAGCUUGAAGCAGAACUUGUUGCGGAACUUGUCCGAGGCGGUCUUCAUGAACUUUGCUCACCUAACAACCCUAGUGCUGGACGGUAAUCCGUGGCGCUGUGACUGUGAACUGCGCGGUUUCCGGGACUGGUUUCUUUCGAGUAAAUUGCAUUCCGUUUCGUUGACGUGCACCGAGCCCGAAAGACUCGCCGACCGGUUAUGGGAGAACGUGCCGUCUGAAGAAUUCGCUUGUCCUCCUCGAGUGUACGUGUCCCCUCAAGCUCAAGUACAGGCCGAAGCUGGCGGAAACGUCAGUUUCGGCUGUCACGUCACCGGCGACCCGGAACCCCAAGUCUCGUGGCUUUACGAAGGCUACCCCAUCAAUCAUACGUGGCUGGUGAUCGAAGCGGAAGAGGGCCUCCUGGAGAAGUGGGUCAACAUAAGCGUGUACAACGUGAGUGACGCCGACACCGGUGUGUACACCUGCGUAGCCAGGAACGUGUUGGACUCGGUCGGACUCAACGUGACUCUCGUUCUUCCGGAGGUGGUGACGGCGACGACCGUCAGCAAGUCGGAGGGCGGGCUUGUGUGGUGGGGCCUGGUGAUAGUGAGUGUGGCGCUGGCGUGUGCCGUUGUGAGCGCGACCGCCGCCGUGUGCUGUGUGCGUAGCCGCAGCCGCCGCCGCCAGAACCUGAAGGCGAGCGUCAGCUUCACGGACCAGGAGAAGAAGCUGCUCGACGUGAGCAUCGCGACCACGACCGACCGCGGCACCGGCAGCUGCGAGGCGCUGGGGCCCGAGCUGGAGCUGGUGGAUCCGCCCGUGCACAUCACCAUCGAGAGCGAGCCGCUGCCGCUGGCCGUGUACCCGCCGCCCCCGGAGUUCUCGGGCAGCGUGCUGCCGACGGCGGCGUACGGCAACAUCUUCAUCUCAGUGUCAGUGAGUCGAGACCCCACGAUCGAUGCUUCCAGGUGUCCUGACUUGUUGGACUUGCCCCACAGGGCCAAGCCGGUGUACCACGGAAUGGCGACGCUGCCGCGGCGGCCCUGCGCCAUUCCCCACUACGACAACAUGGGUCCCCGCGUCACCGCCGGCGGUAGCUCCACGCUCUCGCUGCCCGGCUCGGCGGCCGUGGAACUGCCGGUGCCGCCCCCGCCUCCGCCGCCCCCCAGCUGCGCCCCCCAGCUCACCCCCGAGUUCGUCUCUCUCUAACCUGACCUCCUUGUGGUUGAUCUUCAAUUAGUGCCUUUGCUCACAUCAACACACUCAUUUAUGUCUACGACUACCGUUAUGUCUGUUCGAUUCUGUUUGUAUGUUGUUUCAGUGUGUAUUCCAUACUCCACACUUCUAACUGUUUGUCGAUCAUGUGUAUACAAAACCUUUUAGAGAUUGUCUGUCUGACCGACGUGCUCUCAUUCUGACGCCCACACGAGAACAAGACUUUUGACCGUAUACAUUUUAAUUGACAUUAAUCUUUUGUUAUUUGCGUAUUGUUGAUCUGUUAGAUAAAUUAAAUAAAUUAAUCUUUGUAAUUAA